AUGACAAAGAAUCGCCAACCACUGACUGUACACAGACUUGUGGAAGUUCGCGCUGCACAGCGCACCUUUGAAGGUGCUUAUAUGCGCACUGCCCUCGGCCAAUUUUCUUUUGCGCUGGUCAUUAUCAAGAUUUUCACCGAGGAGUUUUACGCCAUUGGUGCUCUGUUUGCCGCAUAUGGCGUGGCUGUGUUGCUUGUAGCCGCGUAUCGACGCUAUCAAGGGAACAGGCAAUUUUUCACUGCUGAGUCUUCUGAUGGUACCAUUCGAAGAAAGUUUAAGACGAGUGGUGAUACGGUUUUGCUCAUGACGGCAUUGAGUUUAGGGGCAUACAUCACCCUUUUCGUAUUGACCUGGCGUUUGGUUUCAUGA